GCUAGAACCUGGCUAGAGAACCUGGCUAGGCUGCUGAUCAACUGAACGCUGUCUCCGUGUCAUUCCUUCUUUGCCGACUCCGUCCACACCUUUGGGAACCCCUGACCUGCUGGGGUUGGACCCAAACAUCUGGCACCAGUCUGAGCGGCGAUGGCGGCAGCGGCAGCGGCAGCGGCAGCGGCAGCGGCAGCGGCAGCGGCAGUGGCAGUGGGGGCUGCGGGCGAUCGGGGCUCCGGGCUGGGGCGGCGGCGCCAUCUUGUGCCCGAGGCCGGUGGGGAGGCCGGGGAGGGGGCCCCGGGGGGCGCAGGGGACUAUGGGAAUGGCCUGGAGUCUGAGGAACUGGAGCCUGAGGAGCUGCUGCUGGAGCCCGAGCCGGAGCCCAAGACUGAAGAGGAGCUGUCCUGGCCCCGUGCCCCACUGGGCACCCCAGUGGGCCGCCAGGAGGAGGAGGGGGACCCAGGGCACGGCGCCAUUGAAGACCCAGAGCUGGAAGAGAUUAAAGCUCGAGUCAGGGAGAUGGAGGAAGAAGCUGAGAAGCUAAAAGAGCUACAGAACGAGGUAGAGAAGCAGAUGAAUAUGAGUCCACCUCCAGGCCAUGCUGGCCGAGUGAGCAUGUCUAUCAAAGAGAAGAUGGAGGCUGAUGCCCGUUCCAUCUAUGUUGGCAAUGUGGACUAUGGUGCAACAGCAGAAGAGCUGGAAGCACACUUUCAUGGCUGUGGUUCAGUCAACCGUGUUACCAUACUCUGUGACAAAUUUAGUGGCCUUCCCAAAGGGUUUGCAUAUAUAGAGUUCUCAGACAAAGAGUCAGUGAGGACUUCCCUGGCCUUAGAUGAAUCCCUAUUUAGAGGAAGACAAAUCAAGGUAAUCCCAAAACGAACCAACAGACCAGGGAUCAGCACAACAGACCGGGGUUUCCCACGAGUCCGAUACCAUGCCCCGACCAGCAACUACAACAGUUCCCGAGCUCGAUUCUACAGUGGUUUUAACAGCAGGCCCCGGGGUCGUGUCUACAGGGGCCGGGCUAGAGCGACUUCAUGGUAUUCCCCUUACUAAAAAAAAGUGUGUAUUCUGUUCACAUCUCUUUUAUCUGGACAAUAGAAAUACAACACAAUAGCAGCUGCUAUGCAUCUCUUUAAUUUCCUGUUCAGUGAUAGCAUAUUGAUAGUUAGAAAUCAACCAUGAUGGCAAUAUUUACACCAUGGAAAUUGGCAAAUGCUACAAACCAGCCCUCUUCCCCUUUUUCCAAAGUACCACUAACUAAACAUUUACUGGCCUACAACUGUAUACAACUGAAUUAAAAUUAUAUAUUAUUUAAAAGUUCUAUGUUGUUAUAAUCCUACAGAAGUGUAUUUGGGUCUUGCUUUUUAAAUAUAUUUUCAUUACAGGUAUCUCGUUGUUAUUGAGCAUUUUAACUUCCAUGGCUUUGUGUAUCAUUGCCAAUGUCUUGGCCAUUGGUAUAUGGCGGUUUGCCUGUUAUUACUUUGGCUUAUUUUUCUGUAGGGUUGACUGACUUUAAAAAGAAAAAGGUGGAGGAGAGGAGGGUGAGAAAAAAUUUGGAGGUAUAGUAGUAAUAACCUUUUUAAAAAUAUAUAUAUAUAUAUUAUUGAUUUUUUUACAGAGAGGAAGG